UCCCCUCCCCUCGCACAUGCACCCCAUUCUUCGGCGCGGCUACCUCGUCCUGGCGGUUGCCGGCUGCCUGACCUACGCCCUCUUGGACCGCCACGCACCUGCGCAGGUCGCAUUCGCUGCUUCCGUGGCUCAGACACUCUACGCCGCCCUGCUGCCGUGGGCACCAAGCGAGGCGCUGCCGGUCAAGGCUGUGCUCCCGCUCGCACUCUGCCUUCCUUUGGCUGCGGUGGCCGGCAUGGCGGUGGCCUCGACGGCCGAGGCUGCGCUUGUCUCGGAGUGGACCUCGCAUCACGUCCUGUAUCUGGUGCUGCUGCUGGUCAUGUCGGUGGCGGUGCUGGCUGAUGUGGCGGCCUCGCGCUCGCUCCUCGCCUCGCGGGUGUACGCGGUGCGAUCGUGGGCCGGCCUGGUGGUUGUCGGCGGAUACUUUGCCGGCGCGCCGCUGGCGGUCAUUACUGGAGUCUGGAUCUAUGGGGGUGCGGUGACGUCGGCGAUGUAUGGGACGCACAUGGCGCCCGGACUGGUGGUCAUCGCCAUGGCGCUGACUGUGCUGGCAGUGACAGGCUCGUUCUUUCUGGUACUUUUGCUCUCACACGAAGACGGCUGCAACGAGCCGGGCGCGUCACCGUGCGCACCGCUGCUUGCUCCCGGUGACGAUGGCAGGUACGGGACGAGCGGGGCGGCGACACGAUCGGCGUGCGCGGCAGCGGGCGGGCUCGACAUGCCUGCGGCAGAAGUGGCAGAGGGCUCGGUGCGUAUCACGCGGCUCCAUACGCGGGUGAUGGACCUUCUUUGUGAGCCCGAGUCUGCGUUUGUGCGAGCCGUGGUCGACGGCAUUCCACGCGACGCGCGCGACGAGGCCAUUGACACGCUGAUUGGCCUUGUGGACGAGAUGGACUCGCCCGGCCGGCCGCGGACGCUUCGGCUGGUUGAAGGCCUGACUGCCGACGAAGCCGUCCAUGUCGACGUGUACUCGCCCUGGACACUAUUCCGCAGCAACCACAACCGUGUGCGAGUCAUUUCUGUGCUCGCCAAGCGGCACGCCGGCGACUAUGUGUCGGCGGUGCUCCGCGAGCCGCUGUCGCGGGUGUGGGGCGCGGCUGGCGUCUCGUUUGUCCUCGACCCGCUCAAGGUGCCGGACGAGGACCAGCGAGCGCAGAACAUGGCGGCGAUCCAGGUGGCGGUGCUCGAGGUACUCGACAGUGUGUUUGCCACGCCGCCGCCGCCGUUUGUGGUCACGCUGCUGCGUGCGGUCGUCCGCAUCCUUCGAAGCAAGUUUCCGGACGCUGCUGACGAGGUGGCGCUCAACGCAGCAACCAGCAACUGCGUCAUCCUCGGCUCGACGCUGCAGACCCUCGUCAACCGGCAGAUGUUUGCACAAAAGUCGGCGCAUAUGCAGGUGCUCAAUCCAUUCCUCGCCGAGCAAAUUCCGCGGCUCACGGCGUGGUUCGACUCGCUCCUUCGCGACGGCUCGCCGCCGUCGACGCCGCGGUCGGCCGAGCUCGGCCCGAUGACCCUCGCGGACACCGCCGUCUCCUUCAGCUCUCUCGAACGCCUUGUGUCCAUCAUCCACAACCACGCAGGUCACAUCCUCGACCACAUUCCGCGCCCUGACGCAUGCACGAUCCCACCUGCCGCGCUCGAAGCGACCCGCGCCCUCGUCGCCUCGCUUGCCACGCCACCGUCGCCGUCAUCGUCGUCGCUCGACUCCUCCGAUGGCGAUGCUGUCAUCUCCUCCUCGCAAGGCGGGCGAGGUUCGCUACAAGCCGGCGGAAGCCGCGAGUGA